CUCUUCUCUCUAUUUUACUUGACGGGCCAAUCCAAAUUGCAUUCCUAGGAGCUCGGUGGACGGAGUGAAAGAUGCACCAAACGAAGAUGUUUAUGACGAUCGUUGUGGUAGGGACUUCAAAUGCGCUGCUUUCAGGUGUUUCGCAAGUAGACAAACAUAGUAAGUUUACGAAUUCAUCCUUCAGGGGUCUGAUCGAGGUUUUGUCUUCGUGCAUUGGGAUACAGCACGAUGGCAAAGGAGAACUCAUGAGGAUAAACUCAUCGGCUCUGUCGGUCGUUUUGGCACAGUUUCCAGCCGGCCCGUAGGACCCAUGGACACAGUAAAACUCAACUGAUAACACAGUGAUCACAUACAAGACGACCAUGAGCACGAGCUCGGAGAAUGCGUACACUGCCCUUGCACAAGAUCCUGUCCAAGAGGGUAUCAACGUGCAGGGGUCCAAGACGACAACUAGGUGGUACAUGAUCAGGUUCUUUCUGCCAUACGCGUUUGUCCUUAAUACAUUCCAGCAUGAUGCAGUGGAGAGAGUAUCAUAGCACCAUCCAAGGGAACAUUGUCGGAUGCGUGCGCAGCAAUAUCGGUCUUCUACUCGUCAUGCUCUCGCAGGUGUUCUUUUCGUUCAUGAACGUCGCCGUCAAAGUAUUGAACCAGUUAGACCCACCGGUUCCCGCGUUUGAGGUGAG